CAGUCAGCUGACGGCGAAGGCGGCGGCAGCAGGAGCGGACGGCGCCGGCCUGAGCUCGCCGGGCGAGCGGCGCCGCAUGCAGCGGGUGGAGAUGCUGAAGAUUGCCGAGUGCACCCAGCUCAUUGACCCGGCCGAGGUGGUCGUCUCGCAGGGCGUCGUGCUGUCGGCCGAGCCCGUCCUCACGCCCAUAGAGCGGCUGCGGCGCAAGGACGAACAGGUGCGCCAGAUGCUGGCCGAGAAGCAGCAGCUGGUGGCCGACAUCCUGCAGAUCCCGCGCGACGACUUCCAGCACAUCGCCGAGAUGGCGGCCGAGGCCGGCGGCGAGAAGGACGCGCGCGAGCUCAUCCUCAAUUCGAUUCUCAGUGCGGACCGCAACAUGUCCAUCAUCAACGAGACGCUGAAGGUGACGGAGGGCGACAUCGUGAGCAGCACGUGCACACCGGGCCCGCCGGAGCCGGCGACGGCGGCAGCGGCGGCGGCCGAGGGCAGCCGGCGGCCGGUCAGCCCGCGCCCGCGCCGCGCCGACCGCGCCAACCUGGCGGCGCUCAGUCAGCUGUUGCAGGUCAACAGCCAGCUGAGCGCCACGCUCACCACCCUGCUGGGCGUGAUGACCGAGCGGGACGAAGAGCGCGAGCGGAUGCGCAAGGAGCUGCGCUAUUCGCACGAGCGCAUCCACCAGCUGCACCGGGAGGGCGGCACGCUGGCGGCCGCGCCGGCGCCGGCGCCGCUGGCCGUGCCCGAGGACAACAGCCGGCCGCAGAGCUUCGUCUCCGUGGCCAGCGCCAGCUCGGCCGAGCCGGCCGCGCCCGACGCGCCCGAGACCGACGACGAAAGUGCGCGGUCGCGGCCCGACACGAGUUCGCAGGAGAGCGGCGAGCCGGCCUCCGACACGCUGGAAGAGUCGACGCACGAGACGGAGACGUUUGACUCGGCCUCGUCGAGUAGCGCGUGUCUGACGUUCGAGUCGGCCGCCGAUCACACGUGAUGGCCGCGCGGCGCCGGGCGGUGACGUCACGGGCGGCCCGGCCCGACGGCCAGCCCGCUCGCCCGUCUCUAGAGGUGCCAACACACAGCCGCCCACCACCCGUGUGUACAUAGGAUAAUUAUAUUCUAUUCAAGAUGCCGUAUUGUGUAACAACAUAAGUAUACCAAAUUUGUUAUUGUUAUUUUUGAAGAAUUCCACUGGGGUGUGCGUCGCUCCUGUCAGCAGUUGCUUGAGCUUACGUUUGAGAGGGGCGGACACGCGCUCGCGCGCGCGCGCGCGGCGAGCCUUGUGAGCGCUGUCAGGCCUUGUGAGGCGGGGGACCGGCGGCAGCCGCCUGGUGCGAUCCCUACGGAGUUGAGUUUGGCUCGGUGCGGCGCGCCCCGGCCCGGGCCCGGCGGCGUGCGCGGCCGCCGGAAGCUUUAUGGGCCGCGGAGGCGCGCGGCGCACUUAAUGGCUUGACUGUGUCUCUCCUGUUGACCAAGAUUAGGACGGGCUGGCUCCGUAAUCUUUGUGGCCCGGGAGCGGGCGAGGCGAGACGUGUAUGUAACCGUGCACAAAGAGCGUAUUGCGAUUUAGUACUGUACCUAUUUGUUCUUUGUCAGACCAUUUAUACUUGCAGCGUCGCCAACCAGUUCAGAUAAACGAAUGAUUCGA